AUGCCUCCAAAGGGCCAGAACUCUAAUUCUGAAUCUGAAUCGAAGUUGCGGAGUGCUGCUAACAAUAAUUUUGGUAUAAACAGCUCAUCGGGAACAAUUAACACGCGAUCCAGCGGCAAGCAGAGGCUGACAGUAGCCCAACAGCAAUACUUGAAGGAACUUCUAAGAACCCAUGUUCACAAUAACCAUAGGGAUAACUCCCCUCAGCCACAUCCACUCGACUUCGAAAGAUACUCGGAUGACUUUCUACGUCGCUAUAAGGACCAUUACCAACUUCCUAUCGAAGAUAACAUGUCGAUAAAAGGAUACCUUUUAGGGUCCGACCUUGGCUCAAAAACAUAUUCUUACAAGCGUAACCAUCCAUCUCUCCCUGAUGCUCGUGUUACCAAAAAACAAUUAGCUGAUGAGGUGAAGAGACAUUUUACAGCAAGUAUUGUGAAGGAGACAGAAUGCAUACCUGCGUUUAUAUACAAGGUAAGGAAUAGUAAAAAAAAGUUCAGGAUGGAAUUCAAAGGAUGA